GCCAUUGAAACUAGUCCGGACUUGUGGGGAGAGAGAAGCAGAACACUGCAAGUGACUCAACAAAAGCAGCAAAAAUGGCAGAGUGGAACGCCUACUACCGCAAUGAGGAUGACGAAGAAGAGCAAGAGGAAGGAGAGCAAUCUGGAGAUGAUUACAAGGUUACAGGGAGAGACAGUUUGGUCUUCUUGGUCGAUGCCUCCAAGGAAAUGUUCGUCAAAGGAGAAGAUGGACAGCCCUCCAAUUUUGACAUGACCAUGCAGGUCGUGCGUAGUGUGUACACCAGUAAGAUCAUUAGCAGUCACAGGGACCUGGUGGCUUUGGUUUUCUACGGCACAGAGCAGAGCAAAAAUCUGAGAAACUCAUUCAAGCAUGUCUACGUGUACCACGACCUCGAUGAACCCGGUGCUAAGCGAGUGCAGGAGGUGGACGCUCUGCGGGGGACAAAAGGUGCGCAGCUAGCAGCAGAGACCAUGGGCAGCGGAGAAACAUCUUUAGGCGACGCCCUGUGGUGCUGUGCCAACCUCUACAGUGACAUCAAGCUGCGCCUCUCACACAAGCGGCUCAUGAUCUUCACCUGCAGGGACGAACCACACGAGGGUGACAGCGCGAAGGACCGACAGGCUCGCACCAAGUCUGGUGACCUCAAAGAGACUGGUGUCAUCAUUGAUUUAAUGCAUCUGAUGAAACCCGGCGGCUUUGAUGUGGCGCCCUUCUUCCGUGACAUCGUAAGUCCGCCGGAGGAUGAGAGCGAUUUGGGACUGCAGCUGGAGCCGUGUGACAAACUGGAGGACCUGCAGAAGAGGGUGCGGGCAAAGGAACAAAAGAAGAGAGCCAUGGCCAGGGUAAACCUGUGUCUUGGUGAGGGCAUAAAUGUAGCGGUGGGACUUUAUGCAACUGCUGUCUCAGCCAGGAAACCAGCUCCCAUCAGACUUUACAGGGAAACCAAUGAGCCGGUCCGCAGCAAAACCCGAACCUUUCACACGCAGACCGGCAGCCUGCUGCUGCCCAGCGAGAUCAAGAAAGCCCAGGUGUACGGUAAGAAGCAGAUAGUGAUGGAGAGGGACGAGGUGGACGCCAUCAAGAAGUUUGAAGAUCCUGGAAUGUAUCUGAUCGGAUUCAAACCCAUGGAGAGGCUCAAACGUCACCACCACAUCCGACCUGCUGUCUUCCUCUAUCCGGAGGAGAACGAGGUGAAAGGCAGCGCAUGCCUGUUCUCUGCUUUGUUGGCAAAAUGUAGCGAGAAAAACGUGUUCGCUCUGUGCCGCUGCAUCUCUCGCCGAAACUACCCACCUCGGUUUGUCGCUCUGGUGCCUCAGAAAGAGGAGAUCGACGAGUGGAAAGUUCAGAUUACUCCACCGGGUUUCAACGUCAUUUAUCUGCCGUACGCUGACGACUUCCGAACCGUGGAUCCUCCUCAGUGUCCGUCAGCCUCACAAACACAGGUGGAUAAAAUGAAGGAGAUCGUCUCUAAGCUCCGCUUCAAAUACAGGAGUGAUGCUUUUGAGAAUCCAGUCAUCCAGCAGCACUACAGGAACCUGGAGGCCUUGGCUCUGGAUAUGAUGGCUCCAGAGGACAUUGAGGACCUCAUCUUACCAAAGGUGGACCAGAUUGACAACCGUCUUGGUCCACUGGUUGAUGAGUUCAAAGAUAUGGUUUAUCCUGCCAACUACAACCCUGACAGCAAACCAGCCGCCAAACGUAAAACAGCUGAUGCUGAAGGCGGAGCUGGAAAGAAGCCCAAAGUGGAAGUGCCAGAGGAUGAGCUCAAGGCCCGUGUACAGAACGGCACUCUGGGAAAGCUGACCGUGCCGGUGUUGAAGGAGGCCUGUAAGCAGUUAGGAAUUCGCACCACUGGGACCAAGAAGCAGGAGCUGAUAGAUGCUCUGAUCGCCCAGCUGGGCUCAUCAUGAGGAGUGAAAUACACAACUCACUGUGCCUUUCUGAAAACUCAGAUCAGCAGAUCUGUUGAUAGACUUCAGCUGUAGAAAGGACUCCAAACACUGUUUUGAAAGCAGGUAACUGUUUUUUAAAGGGAAAGUUUGGAUUUUUUAAAGUGGGGUUGUAUGAGGUACUUAUCUAUACUCAGUGUAUUACAAGCAGUCGAUGUCAGUCGGAUUGCCCCCAGUUUGUAGAAGCAGGCUGGAGUCCGAUACAGGAGCUAAGCAACAUACUGCUGUGAGUGGGAGUCAGCACGAAAAUGUAUUUUAGCGAACUAAAAAAUGUCCCAGCUAAAAACAUCGACAUCAAUUCAGGCGUACACUAUAUUGAGAGUAUUUUCACGGCUUUACCUGAAUGUCAAACAAUGAUUUCCAGCCGGAAAGCUGUUGACGGCUUCAGUUCUCGAUCUAUGCUCAAAGCCACUAGGCUCCAUUGAAAAAAGCAGUGAUAUAAUACUGCUGAAUAACGGAGCUGCUGGUCUACCGCUGCCUCAAAAAAAUUAUUUAGUUUGUAUUAUUGUGUUGUUUUUGGCGAAUCUAAACUAACUCUUUAAACACCAGAGUCCCACAAUAGUCACAGGAAUAAAAUAUAGGAUUGAGGCAGCAAUAAACCAGCAGCUCCUGUGUUUAGUGAUGUUAAAUCACGUUUUCUCAAUGAAAUCUGGCUUUGAGGAGAGCGAUAAAACGGCUUCAUUUUCUCAGUGGUCAACAAUGUCUGACACUGAGGUAAAGCAGUGAAAAUAUUCGCAAUAUAGCAGACACUUACAUUGAUAGUGAUUUUUUUUAGGCGGGAAAAAUACAAUUUGUUGCUGACCCCAUCCACAGCAGUACAUUGAUUAACUUCCAUGUCGGACUCCAGCCUGCUUCUCCAAACUGUUUGUAAUAUAUUCUCUAUGGAUAAAUAACCUACACAACAUAGCUUCAAAAAAUCUGACCUAUCCCUCAAAUUUACCACAUGGUCUGUAAAAUUUAGCGUGGACCAGGAGGAUGUUUGGAGUGAUAAACAAUAAAGUUUCCUGUUGUGCUUGAUAGGUAUAAACCUGUUGAUUUACGCCUUUUUUUCAGGGUUGCAUGGUUAGGUGCAGCUCAGUGCUAAUGUCUGCAGAAGGUGUGUCAGUCCCACAUGACAUGAAUAAUGUUUGAAUGUAAAAAAAACAACAUUUUCUUGUGAUCAAGAACUCAAACUGGUCAUAAAAAAAUCAUAAAAAUACUGUAACCGCUGAUGACACUUUUUUAUAAUCCUGCAUUUGCUUUAAUAAAACCAAAACUUUUUACA